AGUGUUGCGCAGCCCACUGGAAGCCUUUCCUUGUAGACAAAUGGCGUCUCUUCAGCGAGCAGCAGCUGAUUCCCCACCGAGAACGGCAGCAGGAAUUGAGGGGAGGUAAACACGCCGCCCCCGGAUUUCCUUGCUGUAGGAUUGUCCGUUGUUUUCUGACGGCUGGACGUCGCUUUCUUCCUCCCCGGAAAUCGAGAGUUUGGAUCCUCCGCGGUGUGAAAACAACCCCCUUCCCCGCCGGAGAGGAGAGGGUCAGCUGCAGCCCGGACUCCCCUCCCCGCUGCUUCUGCUUGUUUUCGGAGGUUGUUGCUCCUCGUCAGGGCCCGGACUCAGAUACGUGAAGAUGGGCAUCACCCCUCCGCGGCUGCUCUCCCCCUCCGCCUGACUGACUGACGGCUCGGCGGCGUUAAUCCAAUUCAGGAGAUCAUCUUUUCAACCCUCCUGAGGUCAAACUAUUGAGACCAGCUUUGUGGAGGUGAAGAUGACCACAGCACGGUACCGGCCCACCUGGGAGUUGGCCGUUGACCCCCUGGUUUCCUGUAAACUGUGCCUUGGAGAGUUUCCACUGGAGCAGAUGACCACCAUCACGCAGUGCCAAUGUGUCUUCUGCACACUGUGCCUGAAGCAGUAUGUGGAGCUCCUGAUUAAAGAAGGCCUUGAAACUGCAAUUAGCUGUCCUGACUCUGCCUGCCCUAAAAGAGGACAUUUGCAGGAAAAUGAGAUCGAGUGCAUGGUGGCUACGGAGAUGAUGCAGAGGUACAAGAAGCUUCAGUUCGAGCGCGAGGUUCUGUUGGACCCGUGCAGGACGUGGUGCCCGUCCUCCAGCUGCCAGGCCGUCUGCCAGUUGAAGGAAACCGACUCCCCGGCUCUGCCUCAGCUGGUCCAGUGCGCCGUCUGCGCCCUGGAGUUCUGCUCCGCCUGCAAGGCCGCCUGGCACCCGGGGCAGGCCUGCCAGGAGAGCAACCCGCCCAUCGCCUCCUUCCUACCCGGGGAAAACAGCUCUUUCUACAAGAACGAAGAGGACGACGCCCCCAUCAAGCGCUGCCCCAAGUGUAAAGUCUACAUCGAGAGAGACGAGGGCUGCGCCCAGAUGAUGUGCAAGAACUGCAAACACGCCUUCUGCUGGUACUGCCUGGAGUCCUUGGAUGACGACUUCCUGCUGAUCCACUAUGACAAAGGGCCGUGUCGGAACAAACUGGGCCACUCCAGGGCGUCGGUGAUCUGGCACAGAACACAGGUUGUGGGGAUCUUCGCCGGGUUCGGCCUGCUGCUGCUGGUCGCCUCGCCCUUCCUCCUGCUGGCCACGCCCAUCGUCCUCUGCUGCAAGUGCAAAUGCAGCAAAGGCGACGACGACCCGCUGCCGACCUAAACGCCCCGCAGCGACACGUCGCAUCUUCUUCCCGACAAGUUUCACCACUUUUCCAUUCUGUUUUCCUCCCACCAGCUUUGAGAGAGCUUCAUUUUUCCGAGCUGGGCCUGAAGCAGCCGCCGCUCUGCAUGAGGAGGACAGAAAAGACGAGGUUCCUCCGCUGAGACGUUGGGAAAACUUUGGACGGUUUGGGAAUGCAAAGAACGUCUGCUCUUCUUUUCUUUUUCUUUUUUUUAGUGUUGUAAUUAUUUUUGGGUGGAUGCGAACAUUUCCUGGUCUGCUGAACGGACGCCUUCGCCGCCCGUAGAAGGAUUUCUACCUUUUUGCUCUGUAAACACUAAAGCUCUCCCUCACUGCAGCGGUGUCCAAACGGUUCGGCAGGGGGCCAGAAACGGCUCGUUGGAAAUACUUCUUAGUAUUUUUGUAUUUCAUUAUUAUUGCAAAAAAUAUCUCAUGUGUUUUUUUCUGAUAGGCAGUAAAGUCAACAUGAUAGCAGUCAGUUUUUUAAAUUACUGUAUAUUAAAAAUAUAAAAUGGUUUUGCAGGUUUAAAAGAUAAAAAAAAACAUUAUUCUAAAUUUUUCAAGUUGAUAUUUUUCUACAUUUUUUUGUCGUUUUCAAGGUAGCAAAUUUUCCCAGAAGUUAUUACAAUAAACAACAAUUAUGAUGUUAAUGAUGAAUUGUUUACCUAUCUAAGGAAGCCAUUUUUAUUUUAAAAUAAAAGAAACUUCAGUUAAAAUUAUCACCUGUAAUCAAGGAUUAAAUUUAUUAAAAUUCUAAAAUACUUUAUGAAAUAUUAUUAGAUUUUGCUGGACGAUAAAUUGUCCCAGAAG